AUGGAGUCUUUCCUCUCCAGAUCCAGCUCCGUAGCUGCCAAAUUGAGUUUCUUGGCCGUUGUGAUCGUCUUCUUCAUUUCUUCCUCUUCUUUUACUUCGACAGAAGCAUAUGAUGCGCUUGAUCCAGAAGGCAACAUUACUAUGAAAUGGGAUGUCAUGAACUGGACCCCUGAUGGCUACGUUGCCGUGGUUACAAUGUUCAACUUCCAGAAAUACAGACACAUUCAGUCUCCAGGAUGGACAUUAGGCUGGAAAUGGGCUAAGAAGGAAGUUAUAUGGAGCAUGGUCGGAGCACAAACAACCGAACAAGGUGAUUGUUCAAAGUACAAAGGAAACAUACCGCAUUGUUGCAAGAAAGAUCCAACGGUUGUAGAUUUGCUCCCUGGAACUCCUUAUAACCAGCAGAUUGCUAAUUGCUGCAAAGGCGGUGUCAUGAACUCAUGGGUUCAAGACCCUGGCAAUGCAGCUAGCUCUUUCCAGAUCAGUGUCGGCGCAGCUGGAACCACCAACAAAACCGUUCGUGUGCCGAGAAACUUCACUCUCUUGGGCCCUGGUCCAGGAUACACUUGUGGUCCAGCUAAGGUUGUGAAACCAACCAAGUUUGUCACUUCUGACACUCGCAGAACCACUCAAGCUAUGAUGACAUGGAACAUUACGUGCACAUACUCACAGUUCCUUGCUCAGAGAACUCCGACUUGCUGCGUUUCUUUAUCUUCUUUUUACAAUGAAACCAUCGUCGGGUGUCCAACUUGUGCUUGCGGAUGCCAAAACAACAAAACAGAAGCCGGUGCCUGUCUCGACCCGGAUACACCGCAUUUGGCAUCUGUGGUGUCGCCACCGACGAAGAAAGGAACGAUUUUGCCGCCGUUGGUGCAGUGCACGAGGCACAUGUGCCCGAUACGAGUGCAUUGGCACGUGAAGCAGAACUACAAAGAGUAUUGGCGAGUGAAGAUCACAAUCACAAACUUCAACUAUCGGUUAAACUACUCACAGUGGAACAUGGUCGCUCAGCAUCCAAAUCUCGACAACAUCACUCAGAUCUUCAGUUUCAAUUACAAAUCUCUCACUCCUUACGCCGGAUUAAACGACACGGCGAUGUUGUGGGGAGUGAAGUUCUACAACGAUUUCCUAUCAGAAGCAGGGCCUCUAGGGAAUGUGCAGUCGGAGAUUUUGUUCCGUAAAGAUCAAUCAACCUUCACAUUCGAGAAAGGAUGGGCUUUUCCACGCCGAAUCUACUUUAAUGGAGACAAUUGCGUCAUGCCUCCUCCUGACACUUACCCUUUUCUUCCAAACGGUGGUUUCCGGUCAGAAUUCUCAGUCUUCGCCGCAGUGUUACUCCCAGUUAUUGUCUUCUUCUUCUUCUCCGUCAUGUAA